CUUUGUUCUCUCAUUUGAGUUUCCAGUUCAGGUUAAGGGUUUCGUAUCGGCUGGUUUCUCACACGAUUGUUUGUGCAAGUUGGACUAAAGGCGCGUGAACUACUUAGAAACUGUCAACAAAACAAACAAAAAGGACAUUCAAACAAAAAGGAACAGAAUGCCAACUUGCAAGAUCCUCUUUUUUCUCCUUCUUGCACUGUGUACAUCGUCUGGGAAAUGUGAUGAGUUAUAUCAGCAAGAGGGGGGUGAGGUUUCCAUGAAUUGUGGUGCCCUGACUCCGAACAGUGAUGUAGAAUGGAAAUUGAACGACGCUCGCAUUGUUAUCAUUAGGGCCAAAAGUGGAAGUAAAUUGAAAGGUAAUUCCCAUGUUAAGGAUAAAGUAAAGGUACAUGAAGGAACUUUGAAUGUUCCUGACCUGCAGAAAAGAGAUUAUGGCGUUUAUACCUGCAUUCAGACAGGGAAACAAUACACUGUGCAUGUUGUGUCAGUCUUUGCUAGUCCAGGCCCAGUGCUGGUGCAGUCUAGUAAUGUAGAGCUGCACUGUGAAAUUACAGGAAAACCAAAUGCUGAAGUACAGUGGCUGACUCCAACUAAUCAAACUAAUUAUAAAAAACAAGUGAUUCAGCUGAAGUCUGUGACUUCAAAAGAGGAAGGCGUGUGGACAUGUCUGGUCAAGGAUGACUUGAAGUUCAGUUUAAAAUUGACUGUUGUCGGUCUUCUGACCAACGAUGUUGAAGUUUCUGAGGGGGGCAAAGUAGUGCUGCCCUGUUCUCUUUCCCAGAGUGCACCUCAACCUGUUGUGGGAGGGAAGUGGAAGGCUGACCAACUCCCUACAAAUCAUUUCCCAACCCUAAAGAAAUCAGAAGACAAAGGCUUACGCUGGAAUGGGAAGAAUUCAACAAAAAUCACAUUUACUAGUGGACAACUCAGCACAAACUAUGAUGUCACAUUGAUAAAUGCAAAGCAUGAUGAUGAAGGGGAGUAUGUGUGCACAGUGCAGUUCGAGGGAGGAGCCGAGCUAACUGCAAAGACGCGUUUGAAGGUUGAGGCCAAACCUUCAGGUGGACAGGAAGUCACUAAAGCACAAGGGAAAAAACCUGCAGGUGGGGGAACAUGGACCAAGGAGGUGUUUGGCCUAAAGCUGUGGGUCUGGAUUGCCGUAGGAGCCAGUUCUAUGGUUCUGAUAGGACUUGUCAUUGGGAUUGUUAUCGUCCUGCGAAGGAACAAACGAAUUAAGAGAGUGAAAUAUCUGAGAUCCAUGCGACAGUCUCUUACUGCCAAUGACUACUGCCAAUGCAACAGAGCUAAGAUAGAGUCGGGAGGGUCGAGACAGCAAGAGAAACCGCUUCCAGUGCCCAGAAAACAGCGCAACCUGCGUAUUCAUCCAGCAAAUCAAAACCAUUCAUUCGACAAGAGCAAAGAGCAAGACUACUAAGGGAAAAAUAUCAUGCUGGGCCUGUGCUUUUAUAUGUGCUUCUUGCUUACCGGUAAUGAUGCCAAAAACACAAAAGAAUGAAUAUGCCAUGAUUAGGCUUUGUACUUUUAAAUCAAAUAAUGUGUAUUUUGCAGAGGAUAUCAUAUAAAUGCUUCUACAACUGGACUUUAUGAAUGACAAGAAUGUUGAAUGUUGCAGUUUUUCUUUCAAAAAUAAAAUUGUAUUAUUCUUUUAA